AUGGAUGCAAGAUUUUUGUACCCCUUGGAGAGCUGUAAAAUCAUUCACUUGCUGAGACAUGGACAAGCGGUGCACAAUGUAGAAGCCGAGAAAGAUAGAAAUGCGUUGUUGUCUCCUCGUCUUUUUGAUGCUCCCCUUACCGAUCAUGGUCACCAACAGGUUGAGAAUCUCCGUGAACGAGUUGUUUCAAGUGGGCUACUAAAGAGGGUUGAGCUAGUUGUAACUUCACCGUUGUUUAGAACUAUGCAAACCGCUAUUGGAGUUUUUGGAAAUGAAUCCGAACAACCGAGUAUGACAAGUAGCCCUCCCAUUUUGGCACUUGAGGUUGCUAGAGACCGUAAUGGAGUCCGUCCUCCAGACAUGAGAAGGAACGUUAGCGAGUAUCAAACUCUUUUCCCCACCAUUGAUUUCUCUCAGAUUGAAAGCGAAGAGGACAACCUAUGGAGACCGGAUGUUAGAGAGUCCGAAGAAGAGAUUUUAGCGAGAGGGUUGGAGUUCAUGAAGUGGUUAUGGAAGAGACCAGAGAAGGAGGUCGCAGUUGUUAGCCAUGGAAUAGUUUUGCAGCAUAUGCUGUAUGUUUUCGCAAACGAUUGUGACGAGUCAAUUAGAAAUGAGCUUUGCAAGAGGUUUGCUAAUUGCGAAAUUCGUACUGUCGUGAUUGUAGACAAAGGGUUACCUGAGUACACUUACGGAGACUUGAUUUCACCGAGGAAGGAAGUUUCAAAGAACGACGGAGUCUUUAUCGAAGAAAUUUCGUAG